CGUCUGUUUCAGAACGUUUUUUAAGCGCGUCUUCUUCAGUCGUUUCGAUUCCUCUUCGUCGUUGGGAGAUUAAACGCGAUUAGCGGCGAAUUGCCCAAGCAAACGGAAAGCUUCGAAUGAUUUUAGCACGACAAUUAACUACACAAAUACUACUUGCAGAGAUUCGUAACGCCUUUCAUCGUUCGUUUGUGCGGAGCAUGACUGGCUUCCAGUUCAACGAGGUGGAUGGAGAUCUCUUCUCGGCCCCGAAGACUCACUCGCUGGCCCAUUGCGUGGGCGCUGACCUGGCCAUGGGYGCGGGCAUAGCGGUCAAAUUCAAGGAGAUCUACGGCAAAGUGGACGAGCUGGAGGCACAGAAGGCGCGCGCYGGGGAGCUGGCAUUGCUGAAGGAUGACGAGCGUUACAUCUACUAUUUGGUGACCAAGUCGCAGAGCUGGGCGCUGCCCACAUACGAGACGUUGCAGUCAUCGCUGGAGAAGAUGCGCGAUCACAUGGCCAAGAAUGACGUUCAUAAGCUGGCCAUACCGCGCAUCGGCUGYGGCAUUGAUGGCCUGCAGUGGGACAAAGUGAAAGCCAUUAUCAACGAUGUCUUCCAGCGCGAGGAUGUGGAAAUUACGGCUUACAAYUUCGUGCCGCCACAGGAAACCCAAUAAUUGAAUCAAUUCUUAAAUUUAUUGUUCACAAAC